AUGAAGCUAUUUAGUUCAAUAAUACUGUUACUCACAGCUUUCACAACUGCAGUUCUUGCUCAAAUUGUUAUACCAGUUCCUACCGUCACUACAGAUGUUCAAACUCUUACAGAUCUUCCUGGUAUUGUCUAUGCUUCACAUGCUAGCGGACAGUCUGUGAAUAAUGUACCAUUUCAAGCGGCUUAUGUUAUUACUACUGAUGAUCCAGAUACAAGUGGUACCAAGACUUAUCAUUUCCAAUGGUGGUUUAAAUUCAAUGAAGAAUUUGAUGCUGACCAAGCUCCUAUUGAUACAUACAAUGUUUAUAGACAAAAUUACAACUAUGACGGUGAAGUUAAUUUAGAACAAGGUUCUGUUUAUUUCAAAUAUGACGUUGAUGCAGCUUGUCCAGAAGAUAGAGAUGUCACACCUCCAAUCUGUUUAGGUCCUGAUUUCCAGGUUGAAUGGGCCAAAGAUGGUCAAACUUAUUUCAUUCAGGCACUUGCAACAUACAACGGUGUCGUUUAUCAAGGUGAAAUUGUUAGUUGGGAUUGUCUUGCUUUCGUCAACAGAAUAUGUGAUCCAGUUAUAUCAUCAUCCUCAUCAUCUUCAUCAUCUUCGUCAUCUUCGUCAUCUUCAUCAUCAUCUUCAUCAUCUUCGUCAUCUUCGUCAUCUUCGUCAUCUUCAUCAUCAUCUUCAUCAUCAUCAUCAUCACCAACAUCAUCAUCUUCAUCAGAAUCGUCAAGCUCCUCAGAAGUAUCAUCAAGUUCAUCAGAAGUAUCAUCAAGUUCAUCAGAAGUAUCAUCAAGUUCCUCAGAAUCCUCAAGCUCCUCAGAGGUACCAUCAAGCUCAUCAGAAUCUUCAAGCUCUUCACUGGUAUCAUCUAGCUCAUCUGAAUCUUCAAGCUCAUCUGAAUCCUCAUCAAGCUCUUCAGAAGUCUUCAAGCUCAUCAGAAUCUUCCAUUUUUCUGCUGUACCACCAAGUUCUUCCGAAGGAUCUUCAAGUUCUUCCGAGGUAUCUUCAAGUUCAUCAUCCGAUUCCAGCUCUUCAGCGUCAUCAGAAAGCUCAGAAAGCUCAAGCUCAUCAAUUGAAUCAUCAAGCUCUUCUUCUAUUGUUUCAAGCUCAUCAGAAGUUCCUUCAUCAUCAUCUUCUUCUUCUGAUACACCAUCCAGUUCUUCAGAAGGUUCAUCAUCCUCCGAAGUAUCAUCAUCAGAAUCAUCAUCAAGUUCUUUCGACCCAGGAUCAUCAUCAUCAUCAAGUUCUUUCGACCCAGGUGCAUCAUCAUCAUCUUCUUCAGCUGAAUCCUCAAGCUCGUUUGCUCAAUCAUCAUCAUCAGGGUCAUCAUCAUCUUCAGCAUUUUCAUCAGAGCUCCCUUCCACCUCUUCAGAUGUCUCUACAUCAGAAAGCUCAUCUGCAUCUUCAUCUGAUGAUAACUCAAUAGUGCCAGCUCCAACAGCUACAGAUUUAUCAAGUUCAUCGCCAGAUACACCAUCAACAUCAACAACUGCUAAUCCAGCUCCAAGUAUCACUACUGAUGCAUAUGUCUCAACAUCAACAACUGCUAAUCCAGCUCCAAGUAUCACUACUGAUGCAUAUGUCUCAACAUCAACUGCAACUGGUCCUGAUUCAACCACAGUUAUCACUAUAACAUCCUGUGAUGGUAAUAAUGGAUGUACUGUCCAGCCAAUAACCACUGGUGUCACCGUUAUUACUGAAACAUCAAAUGGGGUUGUUACAGAUUAUACUACUUAUUGUCCAAUUUCAACAACAUCUAAUAAUGAUGAUCAAACUGCAACAACUCAGAGUGACGAUGACCACAUUUCAACCACAAUAAUUACAAUAACUUCAUGUGCUGAUGAUAAAUGUGCACCUUAUCCCGUCACAACAGGUGUUACUGUUUUAACUCAAACCACAAAUGGUAUUGUCACUGAAGUUACAACAUACUGUCCUCUUCCAACUACUGAAAAUACAGCUCCAGCUCCAAGUCCGGCCCCAGCUCCAACAAACGGUCCAUCAGGUUCAUCAGGUCCAGCACCAGGUCCAGUUAAGCCAACAGAAGCUCCAACUACUACAAAUGGUGGUUCAGUUCCAACUAACAAUGGUCAAGGUACCCCUGCAACUCCAGAAAAUCCUAUUGCUUCAGAAACACCAGUCAAUCCGGCAUCUCCAGGUACUGAAGCUGGUACAACAGGUGAAACAGGCUCUCCAGUAACUCCAGUAACUACAACAACACCAACUACCCCAGGAUCACCAGAAAGUACAAAUGUUCCAGAAUCUCCAGCUACUAAUACCCCAGGUUCAUCACCAAAUCAACCAUCAGAAGGCCAAACAGGUAACGGUUCUCCAUCUUCUACCGGUGAAGCUCCAGCUCAAGGUUCAACCUCAGCUCAAGGAUCUACUCCAGCUCAAGGUUCAUCAGCUCAACAAACAACAAGCCCAGGUUCACCAGAUGCCUCUUCAGUUCCAACAGUUGCUACUCAAGGUACAAGUUCCUCAGGUGCUUCAACACCAACAGUUUCUGUUCAACCAUCAGAAGGUGCAGGAUCAUCAAAUGUUAUUAACUGGUUUAUUUCUAUAAUUUCUGCAGUAUUUGUUGUCAUGUUCUGA